AAGCAUAUGGAGGAUAGAAUUGUAAAUAGGUGAAGUCAGGUAGGAACCGAAAGCCCAGUUGGUGACGAGUCGAGAUGUCUUAAAAUCACAAGCCAAAAGCUGUACUGGUAAUAUCGAAGUAGACAUUCUACUGGCUCUUCCAUCCUUCGUUUCAUUUCCGAUCCCAUCUCACUCUCCUUAAAAUCUUUCUCCUUCUCUCUGCUCUUUGUUUCAGCUGUAAUAUAGCUUACCGCCAAUGGCUACAUUGUUUCUCAAACUCUCUCUUCUGUUCGUCUCUGUCUCUGCCAGCAUUCAUAAUGUAGUAAGAGUAACGGAUAACCCAGCUGAUCAACUGGUAGCUGUGCUUAACAGCAAUAGGACUGCACACAAGGGAUCAUCACUCUAUGACAAUCCAGGCCUAGCCUGCAUUGCAUUGCAGUACAUAAAAGCAUACCAAGGGGAUUGUGGUGCUGUAGGAGGAGCUGAUGCAAAGAAACCUGCUGAAUCUGAAUUUGCUGAAACUUUUGCUCCUGCUUGUGGCGUCACGGUCUCAACUCUCACUCCAAUCACAGGUCGUUUACUUGGCUGCCAAUCCAAAUACGUCGAUCCAGCUGAAGUAUUUUCAGAAGUUCUGAUGAAAAACAGCAAGAGCUUGGACAUUCUAUAUAAUAAGAAUCACACAGAAGUGGGAGCUGCAGUUUCAGGCACCGAUGGUGGGUCUCCCUAUUUUUGGUGUGUGUUGUUCAGCAAUGGUAAGCCUAACAGUAGCUUUGCUUUAGAGGGAGGUGUGGCUAAGGUAACAAGGCCUGGAUGCUUUAGUGGUGCUAAUGAUGAAUGUAGCGGUGCUAGCAAUUGGCCAACCCGGCCUCUUGGUCUUUGGCCCUAUGCUACCUCUGCUUCGUUUAUUCUUAUGUAUGCCUUUGGUCUAUAGAUCAUCUCUCUUGUGAAUUUAAACCAUGUUCCACUUGAUUUUCAAGACCUUUGUUCUUUGUAUUAGUUGGCUUGGCCCUCGGUAAUUGUUUGUUGUAAUUCAUUUUCUGUUUAUUGUUUCAUGUCAUGGUGAGCUUAAGAGCAGAACAAUACAAUACUAUGCCAUUCAUUUUCUUUAGUUA